AUGACCGACACAUCGGCGGAGAUACGGCGCGAGACGGACUCGAUCGGCGCGAUCGACGUGCCCGCGAGUGCCUAUUGGGGUGCUCAGACGCAGCGCAGCCUGCAGAACUUCAAGAUCGGCGGCGAGCGCAUGCCGCCGCCGCUGAUCCGGGCGCUCGGCAUCAUCAAGCAGGCGGCGGCGCGGGUGAACGUCGAAGCGGGCCUGCUCGAUGCCGAGGUCGGCGCGGUAAUCGAUACGGCCGCAGGCGAGGUCAUCUCGGGCGCGCUCGACGACCACUUCCCCCUCGUCGUCUGGCAGACCGGCUCGGGCACCCAGAGCAACAUGAACGCCAACGAGUCGUCCAACGACACCUUCCCGACCGCGAUGCACAUCGCCGCCGUGGAGCAGUGCCACCACCUGCUGCUGCCGGCGCUCGAGCAUCUGCACCGGGCGCUUGCGGCGAAAUCGGAGGCCUUCGCCGAUAUCGUCAAGAUCGGCCGGACCCAUCUUCAGGACGCGACGCCGCUCACCCUCGGCCAGGAGUUCUCCGGCUACGCGACGCAGGUGGAGUACGGUAUCGAGCGCGUGCGUGCCGCGCUGCCCAGGCUUUGUGCGCUUGCUCAGGGCGGCACCGCCGUCGGCACCGGGCUCAACACCAAGGCCGGCUUCGAUGCGCGCUUCGCGGCCGAGGUCGCCGCGCUCACCGGGCUUCCCUUCAGGACCGCCGAGAACAAGUUCGAAGCCAUCGCCGCCAACGACGCGGUCGUGGAGAUGUCGGGCGCGCUCAACACCGUGGCUGCGAGCCUGAUGAAGAUCGCCAACGACAUCCGGCUUCUCGCGUCGGGCCCGCGCUGCGGCCUGGGCGAGCUCGAAUUGCCGGCGAACGAGCCGGGCUCCUCGAUCAUGCCCGGGCAAGGUCAACCCGACUCAGGCGGAGGCGCUGACCAUGGUGGCCGCCCAGGUCAUGGGCAAUAA